UCCUUUUAAUUUGUACAGGAAGUUGAAAAUGGCUGACAUCCGGAAACCGCUUGUAUAAAACUCGCCAGAGCUUCGUGGUGAUCUCAUUGUGUGUCUCAUUUUACAGAGUUGCCAGCAUCUUAUUAUCCCCGGGAGGCGCACACAGUUGAGUACCUUUGGGGAAUCCCAGCCCCCCCCAACAGACACGAUGGCUGACGAUAGCGAGUGGAUGAAGCUUCCCAUCGACCAGAAAUGUGAACAUAAGGUGUGGAAAGCUCGACUGAACGGUUAUGAAGAAGCCCUGAAGCUGUUCCAGAGGAUAGAAGACACAAAGAGUCCAGAGUGGGGGAAGUAUCUGGGCUUGAUAAAGAAGUUUGUCACAGACUCCAACGCCGUUGCUCAGCUUAAAGGCCUGGAGGCCGCUCUGGCCUUUGUUGAGAAUGCUCAUGUUGCUAGCAGGACGACGGGUGAGGUGGUUUCAGGCGUCGUAACCAAAGUGUUCAACCAGCCUAAGGCCCGAGCCAAAGAGCUCGGCAUGGACAUCUGUCUGAUGUACAUCGAGAUAGAAAAAGCCGAGGUGGUUCAGGACGAACUCAUCAAAGGACUCGACAACAAAAACCCCAAAAUUGUGGUGGCGUGCUUAGAAACGCUCAGGAAAGCUCUCAGCGAGUUUGGAUCCAAGAUAGUGACGCUGAAGCCAGUGGUAAAGAUUUUACCCAAACAGUUCGAGUCCAGAGAGAAGGCAGUGAGAGAUGAAGCCAAGCUUCUCGCUGUGGAAAUCUACAGGUGGAUCAGAGAUGCUCUGAGACCGCCGCUUCAGAACAUCAACUCUGUCCAGCUGAAAGAAUUGGAGGAAGAGUGGGUCAAACUGCCUUCAGCUCCCCCCAAGCAGAGCAGGUUCCUGCGCUCUCAGCAGGACCUGAAAGCAAAGUUUGAGCAGCAACAAGUCCAGGGAGGAGAGCACUCUGAUGGAGACGAUGAAGAGGAAACUGCAGCAGCAGUGGAUCCGUACGAGCUCCUGGAACCUGUAGAGAUUCUCUCAAAGUUGCCCAAAGACUUCUAUGAGAAGAUUGAAGCUAAAAAAUGGCAAGAAAGAAAAGAAGCUCUGGAAGCUGUAGAGACUCUGACCAAGAAUCCCAAACUAGAGAAUGGAGACUAUGGAGAUCUGGUCAGAGCCCUGAAGAAGGUGGUUGGCAAAGAUGCCAACGUGAUGCUGGUGUCAUUAGCUGCUAAAUGUCUGGCUGGAUUGGCUAGCGGCCUCAGGAAGAAGUUUGGCACAUAUGCAGGACAAGUGGUUCCAACCAUUUUGGAGAAGUUUAAAGAGAAGAAGCUCCAGGUGGUGCAGGCUCUGCAGGAGGCAAUCGACGCAGUCUUCCUCACCACAACUCUACAGAACCUUUCAGAGGACAUCCUGGCUGUGAUGGACAACAAGAACCCGUCCAUCAAGCAGCAGGCUUCCCUGUUUCUGGCCCGCUCUUUCAGACACUGCACGCAAGCCACGCUGCCCAAGAGUGUCCUCAAGCCUUUCUGUGCCGCUCUCAUCAAGCAAGUGAAUGACUCCGCCCCUGAGGUCCGUGACGCUGCCUUUGAAGCUCUGGGGACAGCCAUGAAGGUGGUGGGAGAGAAAGCUGUGAACCCCUUCCUGGCUGACUUGGAUAAACUCAAACUGGAUAAGAUAAAAGAGAGCGCCGAUAAAGUAGAGCUUCCUGGAGGGAAGAAAAGUGCAGGAGGAGCACCAGCGGAAAAGAAACCUGCAGCCAAAGCCGCUCCUCCUGAAGCUCCUAAAGCUUCUGCUCCACCUAAGAAAAGUGCUGCAGCAGCCAGCAAGCCAUCAUCUGGGGCACCCAAAAAAGGCAAACCAGCUUCUGGAGGGAAAGCAAAGAAAACGUCUGAUGGCAAAGAGGUGGCGGAGCCGGAGCUAACGAUGGAGGUCUGUGAGGAGCUGGCUGCCGGGGUCCUUCCUCAAUACUGUCUGCAAGUGCUGGAUUCGGCCAACUGGAAGGAGAGACUGGCCAGCAUGGAGGAGUUUCAGAAGGCUGUGGAGACCAUGGAUAAGGUGGCGAUGCCGUGUCAGGCUCUGGUCAGGAUGCUGGCUAAAAAACCAGGAUGGAAGGAGACAAACUUCCAGGUGAUGCAGAUGAAGCUGCAUAUAGUGGCCCUGGUCGCUCAGAGGGGCCAGUUCUCAAAGACCUCUGCCAGCGUGGUUUUGGAAGGACUGGUGGAUAAGGUCGGAGAUGUCAAGUGUGGCGGGAACGCAAAGGAAGGGCUGACGGCGAUCGGAGAGGCCUGCUCACUUCCCUGGACAGCUGAACAGGUUGUUUCUUUGGCAUUUGCACAGAAGAACCCAAAAAACCAGGCAGAGGCGCUCAACUGGCUGGCCAAUGCAAUGAAGGAGUUUGGCUUUGCGGGGAUUAACGUAAAAGCUUUCAUAAACAACGUGAAGACUGCUCUGGGAGCAACGAACCCUGGCGUGCGAACAGCGGCCAUCGCUCUGCUAGGGGUCAUGCACCUGUACAUGGGAGCGCCGCUCCGGAUGUUCUUUGAGGAUGAGAAGCCGGCUCUUCUUUCUCAAAUAGAUGCAGAGUUUGAGAAGAUGCAGGGUCAGACUCCUCCAGCUCCAACCAGAUUCACCAGAAAGUCGGCAUCGGCAGAAGAUGAGGGCGACGAAGGGGAGGAGCACGAGGAAGAUGGAGGAGGAGGAGGCCAGGACGUAAUGGACUUACUACCUCGAUCAGAUAUCGGUGACAAGAUCUCUUCUGAUUUGGUCUCUAAAAUCGGGGACAAGAACUGGAAGAUCAGAAAGGAGGGCCUGGAUGAGGCUGCAGCCAUAAUCUCCGAGGCCAAGUUCAUCAAAGCGAAUAUUGGAGAGCUGCCUUUGGCCCUGAAAGGCCGCCUCACCGACUCCAAUAAAAUCCUGGUGCAGCAGACUUUGAGUAUUUUGCAGCAGCUUGCUGCAGCCAUGGGACCUGGACUCAAGCAGCACGUCAAAAGUCUGGGGAUCCCCAUCAUCACUGUUCUGGGAGACAGUAAGGCCAAUGUGAGGGCAGCUGCCCUGACCACCCUGCAAGCCUGGGUGGAUCAGACUGGGAUGAAAGACUGGCUGGAGGGGGAGGAUCUGUCAGAGGAGCUGAAGAGGGAGAAUCCUUUCUUGCGACAGGAGGUGCUCGGCUGGUUGGCUGAGAAGCUCCCCACUAUGAGGACGGUCCCCGGCGACCUGAUGCUGUGUAUUCCUCAGCUCUACGCCUGCUUGGAGGACAGAAAUGGAGAUGUGAGAAAGAAGGCUCAGGAUGCUUUGCCCACCUUCAUGAUGCAUCUGGGCUAUGAAAAGAUGAACAAAGCCACUGGGAAACUGAAGCCCGCGUCUAAGGAUCAAGUGGUCGCCAUGUUGGAAAAAGCUCGAGCAGUGAUGCCAGCUAAACCUGCAGCACCAGCUAAAGCAGGAGGAGGGAAAGCAUCUGCGGACCUCGGCGGGCCUGCAUCAGUACCUGCUGAAGAAGUGGCUGAUGGGAAACCUGAAGUAAAAAAAAUCAGAGGAGGAGCUGCUGCCAAGAAGCCCCCCCCUGAGGAAUCUCCCCCUCUCAAGGAGAAGGAGGUUAAUGGUAGUAAAAAGCCCCCGAGCAAAGGGAAGGCUGCUGCUAGCACCCAACAGGCUGCAAGCACCAAGAAACCUGCAGCUAAAGGCCAGAAGGAAGAUGAUCGGUCCGGGCCGAUCUUCAUCUUUGUUCCAAAUGCAAAGGAGCAGCGAAUCAAAGAAGAAAAGCAGCUAAAGAUCCUAAAGUGGAACUUCAUCACUCCUCGGGACGAGUACGUGGAGCAGCUGAAAACUCAGAUGUCCACAUGCUUGGCAAAGUGGCUUCAAGAGGAGCUGUUUCACUUGGACUUCCAGAGACACGUGAAGGCCAUCGGAGUCAUGAUUGAGCGGUUGGAAAGCGAGAGCGAAGCCGUCAUCGGCUGUCUGGAUCUGAUCCUGAAGUGGUUCACCCUACGCUUCUUUGACACAAACACUACAGUCCUCAUGAAGGCGCUGGAGUUCUUGAAGCUGCUCUUCAUCAUGUUAAACAACGAAAACUACCACCUGACGGAGUACGAGGCCAACUCUUUCAUCCCGUAUCUCAUCCUGAAGGUUGGGGAGUCGAAGGAUGGGGUGCGCAAAGAUGUCCGGGCCAUCCUCACCAUGCUCUGCAAAGUUUACCCAGCAUCGAAAGUCUUCCCUUUCCUUAUGGAGGGAACCAAGUCCAAGAACUCCAAGCAGAGAUCUGAAUGUCUAGAGGAGUUGGGUUGCCUCAUAGAGGGUUACGGGAUGAAUGUCUGCCAGCCGACUCCCGCCAAAUCCUUGAAGGAGAUUGCCGUGCACAUCGGAGAUCGCGAUACGUCCGUACGCAACGCCGCCCUCAACACCGUGGUGGCCGUGUACAACGUCUGCGGGGACCAGGUCUACAAGCUGAUCGGGAAUCUUUCAGAAAAAGACAUGAGCAUGCUGGAGGAGAGGAUCAAGAGGUCGGCCAAGAAGGCUCCAGCUAAGCAGAGCGCCCCAGAGAAAACGCAGCGAGAUCAUCCUGCAAACCCCAACGCCACCUUCUCCCGCAAGCCGGCGCAGGAAGACCCCAACAAGCUCAAAAUAAUGUAUCGCACAUAUAAGAUUCAGUCCCGUCAGCAGCACAACGAGCCCUCUCAUCCCUCCAUCCCCAAGGAGUUCCAGUUGGACCUGGACAUGAUCGAGGAGGACAUGAUCAGAGAGGAGUACAAGCUGCCAGACCUGAUCCAGCACAACCUGGAUGAGCUGCUGGAGCCUAUCAUAAUCCCCAAACUCAUGACCCGCAACAUAUCGCUGCACUUUGACGAUCUUCACAACAGCACAGCCUCCACCAUCAACUAUGUCAUAUCCCAGGUGGCGAGUGGCGACAUCAACACGAGCAUACAGGCAUUGGCACAGAUUGACGAAGUUCUGCGACAGGAGGACAAAGCGGACGCCAUGUCUGGACACAUCGACCAGCUGCUCAUCGCCACCAUUAUGCAACUGAGGCUCAUCAACAGCACACACCUGGCUGACGACCGCGUGGACAAGAAAGACGUGAUCAAACUGUACAGCUGCAUCAUGGGAAGCCUGCUGUCUCUCUUUUCAAUGGAGUCUCUGGCCAGAGAGGCGUCCAUGGGCAUCCUGAAGGACCUCAUGCACGGUCUGAUCAUGCUCAUGCUGGACAGCAGAGUGGAGGACAUUGAAGAAGGAACGCAGGUCAUCAGGUCUGUCAACUUGUUGGUGAUCAGAGUCCUGGAGAAGUCGGAUCCAACCAACCUGAUCAGUGCCCUACUGGUUCUCCUUCAAGACUCCUUGGUGUCCACAGCCGGUUCCCACAGAAUCUCUGACCUGGUCAUGAAGUGUCUGUGGAGGGUGAUCCGCUUCCUGCCGGAGACCAUUCACAACAUCAACCUGGAUCGGAUCCUGCUGGACGUUCAUAACUUCAUGAAAGUGUUCCCCAAAGAGAAACUCAAGCAGCACAAGAGCGACCUUCCACAUCGGACCCUCAAGACGCUUUUACACUCUCUGUGCAAGCUCACCGGGGCCAAGAUCCUGGACCAUCUGUCCAUGAUCGAAAACCGGAACGAGUCGGAGCUGGAGGCCCAUCUGAGGCGAGUCGUCAAACACACUGGAAACCUGUCUGGAGUGAAGAGCGACCGAGGCAACGAGAAGAGCGGGCUGCGCACGGAGGACCGCAUGUCAAAGGCCAAGGUCAGCGAUAUCCUGACAGAGAUCUUCAAAAAGAUCGGAUCCAAGGAGAACACCAAAGAGGGUUUGACAGAGUUGUACGAGUACAAGCUGAAGUACUCGGAUGCCGACUUGGAGCCUUUCCUGAAGAACACGACCCAGGUUUUCCAGAGCUACGUGGAGCGAGGCCUGCGCAUGAUCGAGUCUGAGCGUGAGGGAAAAGUCCGCAUUCAGACAGUGAUUCCACAGAACAGCUGCGAUUCAGUUCUGAGCAGCAAUGAGGAGCUGAGGCCGGCCGCUUACUACUACGAGAGACUGAAGAUCCUCAAACAGAGGCACGGCCUGGAAAACACCGGCAGACAGGCUGGUCUGAACAGCAGCGAGGAAGAGCCCCAGCAGCAGCAGCAGCAGCCGACCAUCUCGCUGAUGUCCAAGCCCGCCGUCGUGUCGUCCACAGACAUGCUGCACAGCAAGCUGUCGCAGCUGAAGGAGUCCCGCGAGCAGUACCAGCAGGAGCGCAGCGCGCUCUCGCCCACCCGCGCACACACACGCUCGGCCUCGCCCGCGGGCAACCUGGACGACCUGAAGAAACGCCUGGAGCGGAUAAAGAGCAAGCUGCAGUGAGGCUCCUCCUCCUCAUCCCCAUCCAGCUGCAGGAGAGCAGCCUCCACCUCUGUGUCCUCCUCCUUUUAUUCAUGUUCUGCUUCACAGACAGAAGGGGGCUCCCCUCCCCUCCCCUCUGCAAAGACUCAUAUUCAACCUUGACUCCACCCACUGUGCCUGUAAACAUCAGCCCCGCCCCCUUCAGAUUGUAGUUCACAGCAUCUCUGAUGUUGGCGUCCUCUAACCUCCGAUCCUCCGGGUCAGUUUGGGUUUCGUCUCCUGCUUGUUGUGCAUAAGUCCACGCUGCUGUCCCCUCUAUUCUUAACCAGUUUAACGGAUUCUCCAUUCUGGCACGGUUUGUGUGGCGGCGAGGAAAACGGCGAGAGUCAGGAAUCGUGUCGCUCUUCAGUUUUACUGUGACUCAGCUGCUGCAUUCAGACUCUAAUGGAAAGCUAGACGGCGCCCCCUGUGGUCACACACUGUAGCAGCUUGUCGGUGAGCGUGAGCCCCAUCUUGUGGUGCAGCAGAGAAUUGCACCAGAGCCUCUGAUGCGUCACAACGUGCUGGUUGCUCUGCGUUCUAAAUAUGGCAACAAGAUUUUUCCCUUUUCCUGGAAGACGAUCCGACUCGGAGUUGGAUUCUUUUGGGCUCAUGUGACGCAUCUUAGUGCCGAGCGUUUCAUGUUCUAUAAAAAUGACUUUUCUACAGAAAAACCACAGAUUUAAUGCGUCAGAUCUCAUCAAUAGCUUAACCUAAAGAGUUUUGUACAGUCUGUCGUUGAGAUGCUCUUCAGAGGAAGAGGAGUCUCUAACUGAAGUCAAACCUCCAGAGUCUUCCUCACUGUCUCUAAAAUCUGACUGGAAACUGCGUUCUUAACUUGGAGGGAAAGUAGUGACCCUGUUGUUGGCUGUAAAUACUGUAAAGUAGUGGUAACCCCCCCCUUCCCACACACUCACCUGUGUAGCUCACCUGUGUAACGGCACUGACGGCAGCUUCAUGCUGCUGGUUCGUUUAAGAGCAUGGCAUGAAGUCAUUGACUGUUUUUACGUUCUCAUUUAAAUAAAGUUUAUUUUAUUAAAACCGCUGUUUAUUGACAUCGUUAUUCUGAUGAUGGUUCUGUCGCUCAUCUGUGUGUAGCUGAAAGUGGAGGAAAUAAAGAGUGAUUUUGUAUUUAACUGCA